AUAAAGAUGGAGAUCCCACACAUAAAACUACUUCCCCUACCACUUUUCUUCCUUCUAAACUCAGUUUGUUCUACAAAUUCGAACUCGAUUUCGGAAAGCUUUGUCACAUGCUUUUCAUCCAGCAUAAAUUCUACCUCAACAAGCAAAAUCAUCCUCACGGAAAGCACUACGGACUAUUCCUUGGUCUUAAAAUCUUCCAUACAGAAUCUCCGAUUCUUGAACACAUCAACACCGAAACCACAAGCUAUCAUUACUCCUUCUCAAUACUCUCAUGUUCAGGCAGCCGUGGUAUGUGCCAAGAAAGACGGCAUACAAAUAAGAACCCGAAGCGGGGGCCAUGACUACGAGGGCCUAUCCUAUGUAUCCAAAACUCCUUUCAUCAUCAUUGAUCUUUUCAAUCUUCGAUCUAUCGAUGUUGACAUAGAGAAUGAGAGUGCUCGGGUUGAGUCAGGUGCUACUCUCGGAGAGUUGUACUACACAAUUUCACAAAAGAGUAAAGUUCAUGGAUUUCCAGCAGGGACAUGCCCAACUAUCGGUGUAGGGGGACAUAUUAGCGGAGGUGGAUUUGGUACUAUACUCCGAAAAUAUGGUCUAGCAGCUGACAAUGUUAUUGAUGCUAAGAUUGUUGACGUUAAUGGCAGGAUUCUCGACCGAAAAUCCAUGGGAGAAGAACUCUUUUGGGCUAUUCGAGGAGGGGGAGGCUCAAGCUUUGGAGUUAUUCUAGAAUGGAAACUUAGGUUGGUUCGUGUUCCUCCAUCUGUGACAGUUUUCAAAAUUUCACAGACCAUAGAACAAGGCGCAACCAAACUAUUUUCGAAAUGGCAAAACAUUGCAGAUACACUUCAUGAAGACAUUUUCCUACAUUCAGUCGUAGGUGUUGGAAAUGAAGCUGGCGCAAAUGGUGGCAAAACUAUUAUAAUUGAAUUCGGUUCGUUGUUUCUUGGGCCAGUCGAGAAACUUCUCCCUCUGAUGCAAGACAAUUUUCCGGAGUUACGUUUAGACCGGAGCAACUGCACUGAAAUGAGCUGGAUUGAGUCUGUUCUAUACUUCGCCUACAUCUCAAUAAACGAGUCGGAAGCUUUGCUCAGGAGAACUCAACAAUCUAAGAGCUUCUUCAAAGCAAAAUCAGACUAUGUGACUGAACCAAUUUCGGAAGCUGGCUUGGAAGGUUUAUGGCAAACACUGAUUGAAGCAGAAGCUUAUUUGAUAUUGACACCUUAUGGUGGAAAAAUGAGUGAGAUUUCAGAUUCGGAAACUCCUUUCCCACACAGAAUUGGCAACAUAUUCAAAAUCCAGUAUAUGGUCACUUGGGAUGAUGGCAAGGAAACUGAGAAAUAUAUUGGCAUGAUGAGAAGGCUGUAUGAUUACAUGGCACCAUAUGUUUCAAAGUCCCCAAGAGGUGCCUAUUUGAAUUAUAGGGAUCUUGACUUGGGGAGGAACAAUGCUUGUAAUACAAGCUAUGGACAAGCAAGCAUUUGGGGCUUAAAGUAUUUCAAGAAUAAUUUUAGGAGACUUGUUCAUGUGAAGACCUUAGUUGAUCCUGCUAACUUCUUUAGGAAUGAACAAAGCAUCCCUGUGUUCCCAUCUAGAUGAGUUGGGAACUUGUGAUUAGUUUUUAUCAUACUAAUGAUAAGUAUCAAGUGUUUUUUUUUUUUCCUUAAUAAUAAAGGAUUAAGCGAGAUUAAUUUGUCA